CCGGCAUAGGGAAAGAUGACGGGAGGGAGGUGCGCGGAGCGUUUAAAAAGUGAUUGCACGGAACACGGAAAAAGUGAAGUAGGGCGUCUAACGUCUCACCGCGGAUGACAAAAUAGAACUUGAACUCAGAAUCCGAGGCCUAGAUUGCUGACGAUACACCGCCACUUGUAUGUGAUUCUGCUCUUGUAUGGUAUGUCUGUGGGGAUUGAACUUAGGGCAGCGUGGGAACUGGAGGUGUGGCUCAAAAGCUAAGAGAGAGCGCUGAGUUUUCAAGCUCCGUUCUAUAACAGACAGCUUGAUCUCUGAUUUUGAUGGUUACCUGACUCUACUUUUACAAUGAAGAAAGGUCCUCAGAAAAGACACACCAAAGCAAAGAAGCCACCAUCCUCUCAGUCUCCUCCUGCUCCAUCAUCUCUUCUGUCCAGUAUGAGAUCCAGGUCACUUUCACCUUUAAUCGGGUCUGAGACUUUGCCUGUUCAUUCUGGAGAGAAGUGGUAUGAGGAAGUCGAAUUUUUAGAUGAAAACAGUGUGCUAUCGGACUGCCAAGAUCAUAAAGGAUCUGAGUCUUAUGUAGGAGUCCGAUAUAUUACAGAGGCACUCAUUAAAAAACUCACUAAACAGGAGAAUUUGGCGUUGGUAAAAUCUUUGAAUCUUUCACUUUCUAAGGAUGGUGGCAAGAAAUUUAGGUACAUUGAAAAUUUGGAAAAAUGCGUUAAACUUGAAGUACUUAAUCUCAGCUAUAAUCUAGUGGAGAAGGUUGAGAAGAUGGACAAGCUAUUAAAAUUACGUGAACUAAAUUUAUCAUAUAACAAAAUCAGCAAAAUUGAAGGAAUACAACAUAUGUGUAACCUGCAAAAGCUAAACCUUGCAGGAAAUGAAAUUGAGCAUAUACCAGUAUGGUUUGGGAAGAAGUUGAAAUCUUUGCAAGUGCUCAAUCUGAAAGGCAACAAGAUAUCAUCGCUCCAGGAUAUAAGUAAGUUGAAACCACUUCAAGAUUUGACCUCUCUGAUCUUAGACGAAAAUCCAGUUGUGACCCUUCCUCAUUACAUCCAGUUUACAACCUUUCACCUUCGUUCACUGGAGAGUUUGGAAGGUCAGCCAGUAACCUCUCAGGAUAGACAAGAGGCUUUUGAAAGAUUCAGUUUAGAAGAGGUAGAAAGACUGGAAAGAGACCUGGAAAAAAAGACAAUGGAAACUGAAGAGCUUAAGAGCAAACAAACAAAGAUCCUUGAGGAAAUAAAAGCUCAAGAUAAACUAAACAAAUCACUGAAAGAAAAGGCUAUGUUACAAAAGCAGAACUGUGAAGAGCUAGAAAGUGACCUUAACAUGAAAAAUGAAUUGCUAAAACAGAAGACCAUGGAACUAACACGAGCAUGUCAGAAGCAAUAUGAGCUGGAACAAGAGCUGGCUUUUUAUAAAAUUGAUGCCAAAUUUGAGCCACUAAAUUAUUAUCCACCAGAGUGUGAUGAAAUUGAUAAAGCCCCAGAUGAGAGCCCUUACAUUGGUAAAUCCAGAUACAAGAGAAAUAUGUUUGCCACUGAGAGUUACAUUGCCAAUGAUGCCCAGACCAUACAGAUCAAAAAGAUGGGGCCAGAUGGAGAACAGCAUAGAAAUGCUGAACAUGUGAACUUGAGAGAACAUGAGCUACUGGACAUACAACUGGAAGAUAAAGAAAAGCAAAUAAGUGCAGCAAAAAUUCAACUGUCAGAACUACAUGAUGAAAUAGAAAAGGCAGAACAAAAAGUUUUAAGAGCUACCGAAGAAUUUAAACAACUGGAAGAAGCUAUACAACGGAAAAAAAUUUCAGAAACAGAAAAAGACCUUCUUUUCAAGCAAUUGAGUGGUAGAAUACAACUGUUGAAUAAAUUACGCCAGGAAGCUCUGGAUCUAGAAAUGCAGAUGAAAAAGCAAAGGCAAGAAAUGGCUGAAAAGCAGAAGGAGAUCGAAGAUAUACAAACAACUAUAGAGAGCCUGGAUCCCAAAGACCCUAAGCAUUCUCAUGUGAAGGCACAAAAAAGGGGUAAAGAACAACAGCUUGACACUAUGAACAAGCAGUACAAACAACUGGAAAGCCGUUUGGAUGAUAUACUUUCUAGAAUUGCUAAGGAGACUGAGGAGAUUAAGGAUCUUGAACAACAACUUACAGAUGGCCAGAUAGCAGCAAAUGAAGCUCUGAAGAAGGAUUUAGAAGGUGUCAUCAGUGGGCUGCAGGAAUACCUCGGGACCAUCAAAGACCAGGCAGCUCUGGCCCAGAAUGAGUGUAGGCAGCUACAGGAUGAGAGAGAGAUGCUGCUGCAAAGACUGUCUGAUGUCCAGCAGGAGAGGGAUGAACUGGAGAUAGUUGCCAUAGAUGCAGAAAACAUGCGGAAGGAGCUGGCAGAGCUAGAAAGUGCCCUCCAAGAGCAACAAGAAGUAAAUGCAUCCCUGCAGCAGACUCAAGGAGAUCUCAAUGCCUAUGAGGCUGAGCUAGAGGCUCAGCUAAGGUUAAGGGAUGCUGAAAGCAACAGGCUCAAGGAAGAGUUGGAAAAACUCACAAGUCUUACUCAGUUGGAACAUUCAGCACUUCAAGCAGAACUUGAGAAGGAAAGAAAAUCCCUCAAGAAUGCCCUUGGAAAAGCCCAGUUCUCAGAAGAAAAGGAACAAGAAAACAGUGAGCUCCGCGCACAACUUAAACAGCUACAGGAUGAUAAUAACCUGUUAAAACAGCAACUCAAAGAUUUCCAGAAUCAUCUUAACCAUGUAGUUGAUGGUUUGAUUCGCCCUGAAGAAGUGGCAGCUCGUGUGGAUGAGCUCCGGAGAAAACUGAAAUUAGGAGCUGGGGAAAUGAGGAUCCAGAAUCCUUCUGAUGUCUUAGGGAAAAGUCUUGCUGACUUACAGAAACAAUUCAAUGAAAUCCUUGCACGCUCCCAGUGGGAAAGAGAAGAAGCACAAGUGAGAGAAAGGAAACUCCAGGAAGAAAUGGUUCUGCAGCAAGAGAAACUGGCAAAUGGACAAGAAGAGUUCAGACAGGCCUGCGAAAGAGCCCUGGAAGCUAGAAUUAAUUUUGAUAAAAGACAACAUGAUGCAAAAAUCAGGCAGUUGGAAAAUGAAAUUCACUAUUUGCAAGAAAAUCUAAAGAACAUGGAAGAAAUUCAAGGCCUCACAGAUCUCCAACUUCAGGAAGCUGAUGAAGAGAAGGAGAGAAUUCUGGCUCAUCUCCACGAGUUAGAGAAAAAGAAGAAAUAUGAAGAUGCCAAAUCUCAGGAGCAGUUUCUUGGUUUAGAUAAUGAAUUGAAGAAUCUGAAGAAAGCUGUGGCUGCUUCUGAUAAACUAGCUACAGCUGAGCUCACCAUUGCCAAAGACCAGCUCAAGUCCCUGCAUGGAACUGUUAUGAAAAUAAACCAGGAGCGUGUAGAGGAGUUCCAGGAAGCAGAGAAAUUCAGCAGGAAGGCAGCACAAGCGGCUGAGGACCUGACCCGAGCAGAAGCAGAAAUUGAGCUCCUGCAGAAUCUUCUCAGGGAGAGAGAGGAGCAGUUUCAGAUUGAGAUGGAGAAAGCAGACGUAGGUACUAGAAGAUCAAACUUACAAGUGCUAGAAAUCAAGAAGUUGAAUGAGACAAUGGAGAGGCAAAGGGUAGAGAUCACAAGGCUUCGGAACUUACUAGACCUUACUGGAGCUGAUAACAAAGGAGGCUUUGAAAAUAUUUUAGAAGAAAUCGCUCAACUCCGACAGGAAGUUUCUUUUCAGAAUGAUUACAUCAGCAGCAUAGCAGAUCCUUUCAAAAGACGAGGCUAUUGGUAUUAUAUGCUGCCACCACCAUCAUCAUCAAAAGUUUCCAGCCAUGGUUCCCAGGCCACCAAGGACUCUGGUGUGGGACUAAAGUACACAGCCUCGACUCCUCUUAAGAAAUCAUGGGCUGGCCCACCAGAGGGGAAUGACAGCAGUGGGCCUCCUCCUGCUGCAGGAUUCUGGGUCUAUUCACCCAUCAGAAGUAAAUUGUAUAAAUCAUUUUCAAACAGAGAUGCUGACUGUGAAGGAGAUAGCCAGGAAGAGAGUGGGCUGGAUGACCAAAAGGUGCCCCCAUUUGUGCCUCCUCCUGGAUACAUGAUGUAUACUGUGCUUCCUGAUGGGUCUCCUGUUCCUCAGGGGAUAGCUCUGUAUGCACCUCCUCCUCCCUUGCCAAACAACAGCCAGCCUCUCACUCCUGGAACUGUUGUUUAUGGCCCGCCUCCAGCAGGGGCCCCCAUUGUGUAUGGACCUCCUCCCCCAAACUUCUCUAUCCCCCUCAUCCCCAUGAGCGUGCUGCAUUGCAAUGUCCCGGAGCACCAUAACUUAGAAAAUGAGGUUUCUAGAUUAGAAGAUAUAGUGGAACGUUUAAACACAGAGCAAGGAGAAGAAGAGUGGCUACGAGCAUCUAAGCAUCAGUCUGAGAAAGAAGAGGAGGAGCUGCAUCAUAAUAUUAAUGAUCUUUUGCAAGAGAAGAAAGAGUUAGAGUUUGAAGUAGAAGAAUUGCAUGGAACCAUCCCAAAACAUCAACAGCGAAAGGACUUCAUUGAUGGAAAUAUUGAGAGCCUUAUAACUGAUCUAGAAAUAGAAAAAUCACUCAAACACCAUGAAGAUAUUGUAGAUGAAAUUGAGUGUUUAGAGAAGACCCUUCUGAAGCGUCGUGCAGAACUCAGGGAGGCUGACCAUCUCCUGGAAGAGGCUGAGAGUGAACUUUCAUGCAUGAAAGAGAAGACAAAAAAUGCUGUUGAAAAGUUCACUGAUGCCAAAAGAAAAUUACUACAAACUGAGUCUGAUGCUGAGGAGUUAGAAAGGCGAGCUCAGGAAACUGCCGUGAACCUUGUGAAAGCGGAUCAACAGCUAAGGUUGCUCCAGGCUGAUACCAUGAAUUUGGAACAGCACAAAAUCAAACAAGAAGAAAUUUUGAAAGAAAUAAACAAAGUAGUAGCAGAAAAAGAUGAAGACUUCCAGUGUUUAAAUGAGAAGAGGGAAAAACUGACAGAAGAGCUUCAGAACCUGCAAAGAGACAUUGAGGAAGCAGAACGCAAUGAAGAUGAACACCUGCAGGUCCUUAAGGAAUCUGAGAUACUCCUUCAGAGCAAGAGAGCUGAGCUGGAGAAUCUGAAAAGCCAGGUGGCAAGUCAGCAGCAAGAAAUGACUGUCUUGGACAGGCAGUUAGGGCAUAAGAAGGAGGAGCUGAUACUACUCCAAGAAAGCCUAGUCCAAGCAAAAACUGACCUCCAGGAAGCCCUGAGUCUAGGAGAAACUGAAGUAGCUGAAAAGUGUGAUCAUAUUAGGGAAGUAAAAUCGCUUUUGGAAGAACUGAGUUUUCAGAAAGGAGAACUGAAUGUCCACAUCAGUGAAAAAAAAGCUCAGCUUGCACUUAUAAAGCAGGAAAUUGAAAAAGAGGAACAAAAUCUUCAGGGAAUUUUACGGCAGAUGUCUAAACAUAAAACUGAACUAAAUAAUAUUCUAGAUAUACUGCAACUUGAAAACAAUGAGGUGCAAAGUUUGAAGUUACAACAUGACCAAAAGGUGUUGGAGUUGGAGAAGAUCCAGGUUGAAGUGCUGCAGGAGAAGCUGGAGUUGGAGAAUUUGCAGCAGACUGCCCAACAACAGAAAGAGGAAAUAGAGUGGCAGAAACAGUUGCUUGAGCGGGACAGGUGGGAAACAGAAAGAAUGACUGCUGAGAUCCAGGCAUUACAGUCAUGUGUUGACUGUUUGAGCAAAGAAAAGGAAGAUCUCCAAGAGAAAUAUGACAGCUGGGAAAAGAAGUUGUCUCAAACCAAAAGGGUUUUAGCAACUACAGAAGAAAAUAGCAAACUAGAACAGUCAAACUUAGAGAGAUUGGAAUCAAAUGCAAAGAAGCUCCAACAGGAAGUAGACCAGCUGAACCAAGACAAGCUCUCGCUGCACGCUGGCAUCGCUGCACUGCAGCAGCAGCUCCAAGAAAAACGAGAAGUGGUAAACUCAAUACAGGAGGAACUCGCUGAUGUCCAAGACCAUUUGAAUGAGGCAAAGCAAGAGCUGCUUCUCACCACCAAGCAUCAGGAUGCACUGCAGAGUGAGCAGACACAGCUCCAGCAGAAUAUCAGUGAAUGGAAGGUGAGGCUUGAAAAUAGCCAGAAAGAAGCAGAAGCAAAACAACAGCAACUUCAAGCACUUCAGAGUGAGAUCAAAGAAAACCAGCUCAAGCUAGACCAGCAGGAAAAGAUGUUUCAAACUCUCCAACAAGAGAGAGAAAGUGAAGAAAAAAAAAUAGAAGCCAGUAAAGUAACACUGAAGGAGCAGCAGGAGCAGCUGGAAAAGGAGUUAACAGACCAGAAAAAUAAACUGGACCAAGUCAUCACAGAGAUGAUGAUGGCAGAAGAGCACGGCAGGACACUGCAGGAACAGGAGAGGAGGAAUGAGACACUGGAAAAGACGCUCUCCCAGGCCAAACGGCAGCUUGCAGAACUGGAGCAGCAGUUAAUGGAAAAGUCAAGCGAGCUGCUGGCCCUCCAGAAGGAGACAGACACUAUGAGGGCAGACUUCAGCCUCCUGCGGAACCAGUUCUUGACAGAAAGGAAGAAGGCUGAGAAGCAGGUAGCCAGCCUGAAGGAAGCACUUAAGGUCCAGCGGAGCCAGCUAGAGAAAAACCUCCUUGAGCAAAAGCAGGAGAAGAGCUGUAUGCAGAAGGAAAUGGCAACAAUUGAACUAGUAGCCCAAGACAACCAUGAGCGGGCCAGGCGCCUGAUGAAGGAGCUCAACCAGAUGCAGCAUGAAUACCUAGAGCUCAAAAAACAGAUAGCAAACCAAAAAGAUUUGGAGAGGAGACAAAUGGAAAUCAGUGAUGCAAUGAGGACACUUAAGUCUGAAGUUAAAGAUGAAAUAAGAGCCAGCCUGAAGAAUCUCAACCAGUUUCUUCCAGCAGAUCUACCAGCAGAUCUAGCCGAUAUUUUGGAGAGAAAUGAACACUUACAGGGAGAGUGGGAAAGUUUGAAAGAAAACGUACCAUUCUCCAUGAAUGAGAGACCUUUUGAAGACAGGCUGAACUUUUCUCAAGUUCACGUAAUGGAUGAGCACUGGCGUGGUGAAGCACUCCGAGAGAGACUCCGUCACCAUGAAGACCGACUCAAGGCCCAGCUACGACACUGUAUGUCUAAGCAAGCAGAAGUACUGAUCAAAGGGAAGCGGCAGACAGAAGGCACUUUACACAGUUUGAGGAGACAAGUCGAUGCUUUAGGGGAACUGGUGACCAGCACCUCCGUGGAUUCAACAUCAUCACCCGGUGUGUCCCCGGUGGAGUCUUCCCUUGUGGUGGACACACAGCCUGGACAGAAUCAGAUCUCCUUCCAGGUUGCGCAAGGCUCAUCAGAAAGAGCCAGUUACUGACACGGAGGCCAUUAUCUGCUUCCUCACAAGGGACUGCUCAAACAAGAUGACAGACUGCUUUGCAUCAGUAUCUGAGGAAAUAUCUUUUCCACUACCUCAACUUCCUAAUCAGAAUGCCAUUUGAUUUCUAUCUAGAUUGAAUGCUGAAACUCCACUGUAAUUUACCAUGCUUGUACCAGUAAUGCCAAGGCAUAAGUCACUUGUACACAUGGGAAUCACUGUGCAUUUUAAACUGGGGUUCCAGUUUGCUGACUUUUUAAAAUCUUGAACUGUAUUUUUAUAAAGCCAGUGGAUUUUACUGCUUAUUUGAAUUCAUCCACUGGUAAAUGUAGUUUAAAAGAAUGUACGUAAUGCCUCUUCAUUUAUAUAGUAUUUUUUGAUUCUGCUUAAAGUCUAUUUUUAUAGGAAAAUAAAAGUCAACUUGGCUCUGUCA